AUGCCGGACUACACGCAGUUUGUCAAGUACUUCAACGAGUACCCGAACAUCCCUGCUAGCGAGACAUCUGCGUAUAGCCGCCUUGCUGACACAACAUGGCGUCUUUUAACUGCCUCCGAGAAGGAAAACGCUGGGGGGAAGGGCUCCAGCGCGAAUGGUGCGACAUGUCCCUCAAUCGUCAUUGGCCGACUGCUUGUUUCAACCGAGGAUCGCUGGCGCAUUCAGGCGCAUAUGCGCCGUGAGGAGGUGAAGGCAGGCGCAGGAAGAAAAGAGUACAACAAGAAAGUGACGCGCGCGGCGAAGAAUACGAAGGGACCCGCACAAGGCGAGGGAUUUCCCCCUGGGAGAGGUCGUCCGGUGUGA